ACUGGUUGGGAGAGGAAGAUAUUUAUUGAAAAUUAGUUUAUUUUGAUAACACAUAAAAACUAUGAAGCUCUUGCUGGGCUUGAUAAUGAUCAGCCUGCUCACUACUGGUGAUGGGCAGUGUUUGGCUUCUAUUGGAGGUGGAUGUCCGCCUUCUUGGAGUAAAUGGGGAAACCAUUGCUACAAAGUCACUGAUGCAGCCCUACCAUGGUCUGAGGCAAAGCAAGAAUGCAUCAGGUUGGGUAGCAUAAUGGCAGUGCCUCAAUCUGAGCAAGAGAUAGAACAUCUGAAUUUCUCUAAACAAGUUUGGAUUGACUGCAGCAACUUUGGAGGUACCUGGGUUGUUGGGGAGGGUGUUUCAAUUGACACGCAGUGGCGAGAAAAUCAACCAUCCGGUGAUGGCAAUUGUACUCUAAUGCAAUUCACAGACAAAAAAUGGAAUGAUGCUGAAUGUCACUACCUGUUUCAUGCAAUAUGCAAGAAAACUGAAGCAAUUCUACACUUUUGAACAUUAUGAAAAAAGCUGAAGACAAGGGCUUUGCUUAAAAUAUCAAUGCCUAAAUCAUACGUGUAACUACUUAUUGUUAUUUUUUAAUCAGUCUUCUUUUUUAGAAUGCAAAAGAGACCAAAUUUUGUUCAAGGUUCGAUCAUAGAUUGGAAUUAACAGUAUAAACUUUUUAAAGAAAAGAUUCCUUUUCAAGUUCUAUAGUUUGGAUAAUUUUCACACACAAACAUUUGAAUCUGAGAAUUGGAGACUUUCUGGGGCGAUAGAGGGCA